GUGGCGUGCGGGGAGAGUGUGACAGUGGCGGUGACAGCAGAAGGGCAGGUGUACACGUGGGGCACGCGAGUGGCCGGCCCAUUGCAGCAAAAGCAGGUGGAGCAGGUGUCAUGUGGGGCACACCACAUGGCAGCGCUCACCAACCACCAGCGCACCUUUUCACGUGGGGCAGGGGCGCCAACAGUCUCCGAGUCAACUCAAACCCCAACUCUUUUCCCCCCAUUCUCCCUUGCAGCUAGAGUGGCCGGCCCAUUGCUGCAGAAGCAGGUGGAGCAGGUGGCGUGUGGGGCGCACCACGUGGCAGCACUCACCACCACAGCGCAUCUGUUCACGUGGGGGCAGGGGCGCCAAUGGGCGUCUGGGCCACGGGGACGCCUCACUAUGUGCUUUCGCCCUCGGCCCUGCUCUCUAUCCGACACUCCCCAUGACCAGGUCUCCUGUGGGGCGGCCAGCACAGCCGUGGUGUGUCAGCACAAGCCCUUCUCAGGCGCCGACAACUACCAGUGCAACCAGUGCCGCCAGCCCUUCACCUUCGCGCGCCCCCCCGCCACAGCUGCUACAACUGCGGCCAACCCGUGUGCCACGCCUGUAGCAGCCGCAAGCUGCUCGGAGCAGCCAUGGCCCCAUCCUCCUCCCGCCCCUACCGAGUAUGCGACUCCUGCCAUGCCAAGAUGUUCUGUUUCUGCCUCCCUCCCCGCUCUCCCUGCUGCUACCCAUGCCCACUCCGCCUCUCCUCCCCUCCGCACCAGCGCUUCACCUCCCGCCAAACCUGACGACUCCCAUCUCCGAACCAGCCGCCCGACCGCGGCUCAGAUAGCUUCGGCAGCCGCUGCAGCCAUGGCUGCUGCUAUGGCAGGGCGUAUGCCUGGGCCCACCCCUGCUUCCAUCGCAGCAGCAGCUGCGGCGGCAGGGCAGGUGGGACCAGGGGGCAUUGGAGGAGUGGGGGGAUGGGGGCUGUGGGGGGCCUGGGAGGCGUUUGCUGUUCCUCCUUCUCUCAACUAUUCGCCUCUCCGAUCGUCUCCAUUGUUCGUGGGUUUGUCUUGUGUGUGGGCAGCAUCAGAGGCGGAGAGGGACACAGCCAUGGCGGGCAUGCGGCAUGCCAAGCAGAACGCAGAGAGGGAGGCAUACCGCCUGCAGGAUGAGGUGGAGGUGCUGCGGCAGCACUGCCAGCUGCUGGAGCUAGAGCGCAGGGCCACCCUGGAGAUGGCUCAAGGGCAGGUGGAGGUGCUGCGGCAGCACUGCCAGCUGCUGGAGCAAGAGCGCAGGGCGACACUGGAGCUGGCCCAGAGGCAAGUCGAGGCAGCAGUGACAGCGGCCAGUGAAGCAGGAGCGAGGGCAGCAGGUGCACGCGACAUCAUCCAAGUGUUGUGCGCUCAGAUGCAGGAGCUGCUGCAGCAGGCGCCGUCCAUCCCAGUCAAGCAAGCCAGUCUGGCGAUCCGAGCCGUUGAUGACUCAGUGCUCUACACUGGUCCUCUGCUCCUGUCGUCGUCCGUGCUGCCCCCGUCCCUUGUUGAGCUGCCACCGCUGCCUGUUUCAGGGAGCGGUGGUGCCGCGCUUGCUGCUGCUCCUGCUCUUGCAACUGCUGCUCCUGGUGCUUCUGUGGGGAGUGUUGAGGGGUGUAGGGUAAGGGGUGGAGGUACAGCAGCAGGAGCAGCGGCAGCAUCAGGUGUAGGAGCAGCAGAAGCAAGUGCUGCUUCCCAGGCAGCUGGACCAGCAAGUCUCACUGGCAACUCGCGUCCAACCAGAGGCUUCCUCGUGUCCUCCUCUUUGGGUAGCUAUAACAGAGGGGAAGCAAGUGGCAAGGGAUUUCCUGAGCUGGUCCUUGCUGUACCCAGCCACCAGCAGCAGCACCCAUGGCAGGGGAACGCAGGUGGGAGUGAGGUGCGUGAGGGGUGCGGGGUGGAGGCGCAGCAUGAGGGAGGAGUGCCUUGGACCCCUACAGGGGCCUCGUCUGAUAAGAUAUCACCUCGUUCCAAGUGGAUUGGUGGGGGAGAGCGACAGAGGGAGCAACCGCAGCAAGAGCAGUGGGAGGGAGAGAGGCAGGCUCGUUUUCUGGUGUGGCAGGGGCGGGCGUGGCAAGGGGAGGCUCCAGUGUGGAUGUUAGCGCACGUGAGAGCGUGGGAGUGGGGGGGGUCAGUCAGGGGAAGCUCACCCUUUGAGGCUCCAGCACGGUGGACAGAAGCAAGUGCGGAGAGGGGCAGCUCUGGCGCUCAGCUGGAUGGUCUCAGCCUGAGAAAUUCCCAGGGGGGUUAUCUUGGCAGCAGGGGUGGAGGGGCGACGGGUGAGAGGCAGGAGCGGCGGACACUGCCUGUGUUUGAGGCGCCACGGGGCGUGAGCAGCGAGCAGCAGCAGCAGGAGAGCAAGAGUCGCAUGGUGCCGUCGCUGGUGCGGCUGCAUGAGUCGCGGACGCAUCUGCGGCAGCGGGAGACCACUCCUGAGCGCGUUCCUGUAGGUGUCUCUGUGGGAACUCUGCCUCCCAGUGCAGCUGUGCCUCCUCAUGUUCCUGGCCCGAGCAGCAGGAGGAGCCUGCCUGCUGUGCCUGGGCUCAGCAGCAGAAGCAGUGUGGGUGGGAUGAGAGAGAGUCUGGGCGGCGGGAGAGAGAGUUUGGUUCAGGAACGGAAUGGGCGGCCGAGUGAGAAUCUGAUUGGUAGAUUGGGAGGAAUGGCAGGGGAGAGGGACGUUGGUGGGGAAGGGAAGGCUGCGUUAGGUGAGGGUGAUGAGUCAGUUGACGGUGGUGGUGGCAGUGGUGUGAGGGAAGCAGGUUCUACUGACGAGACCAGGCAAGAGCUGAACUUGGGUUCUCAAGGAUGGGAAAACGAAAACGUGGAACCAAGUUUUAGGUAUGCAGCUUUGCAAGAGAACAUGGGGCAGGGUGAGCAAGGGAUUGAUGAGGAGGAGGAGGGAGGGAGAUAUGGGAGUCAAGCAGAUGGCUUGCUGUCUGCAAACCCACACACCGAGCAGGAACUGCAUGGGAGACUGUUGAUCAAUGGCUUGGACAAGACUGGCAUGGCUGGUGCUGGUGGAGCUUCAAGCUCUGCUGAUGCUGCUACAGGGGCUUGUACAAGUGAGGAGCAUCCAGGCGUGUUGACAGAGGAGACAGUUCGGAUGCAUGGUUUGGAUGGCAUUGCUGAGUGUGAGGAGGAGGGUAGAGGGGCGGACUCUGGGGGUGGUGAUGACAGGGAUGGGUCACAGAGUGAAGCUGGGUCGACAAGUUCGAGUAGACGCGGGGAGGGCAAGGGAGGAAGCAGGAAGUCGACGCGCAAGCUGCAUGAGAACGAGUGGGUGGAGCAGCCGGAGCAGGGGGUGUACAUCACGCUCUCUAAGCUGCCUGGCGGUGGAACAGAGUUGAGACGUGUCAGAUUCAGCCGGAAGCGCUUUAUUGAACGGCAAGCGGAAACGUGGUGGGCACAGAACAAGACUCGAGUUAUGGAAAUGUAUACCAUUAAGAGCACUCAUAAGAGAUCAGCAGGAGAGGUUAGCUCAGUGGUAGACAUUUAG